ACAGUCACGGAGGAAAACAACCAUGAGGGAAAUGGCCCCGGGGGGUUUGCGUGUGGCGGGCGGGGGCCGGGCCGCUUCCCGCCGAGGGGCAGCCCUGCGCGCCGGCUCCCGCCCAGCGUCCCGGGACGCCGCUGGGUCGCCAUCCCCGUCUCCGCCACGGCCGCCACAAGCCCAGCUUCCCUUUGACAGAAGUGCUCUCAGCUUUCUCAUUGGCCUGAUGGAAGAUGUGUACCACUUGGCUCCUUUGAAGGUGAGGAGGAUUCCUGCAUGUCCUCCCUGCAGUCCACAAGUGAGAGCUGUGACUGAACUUUGAGCGGUUCAGUCGAAGUCUCGGUGCCAUCAACCGGUGUCUGCCUUCACGUUCUCUCUGCCUGCAGGAAUCACAGGGGUUUCUACCUUGGUGAAGAUAUUCUGGGCAAGUAUUGGCUUGAAAGCUGCUUUUAGGAUGUCUGAAGAUGAUGAAAAAGUUAAGCUCCGUCGAAUUGAACCUGCCAUUCAAAAAUUCAUUAAAGUGGCAAUUCCAACAGAUUUGGAGAGGUUAAGAAAACACCAAAUAAAUAUUGAGAAGUAUCAAAGAUGCAGGCUCUGGGACAGAUUGCACGAAGAGCACAUUAAUGCAGGACGAACCGUUCAGCAACUCCGAGCCAACAUGAGAGAGAUGGAGAAACUCUGUUUGCGAGUCCGACAGGAAGACAUCCCAGUUCUGCAGAGAAUGAUAAAUCCAGUCAAAGAGGAAGCUUCAUUUGCCAUAAAAGACUUCCUGCAGCUCCAUUCUGAAUCUGCAGAAGAACUUAAAAAGCAACUUGAAAGACAGGAGGAUGCCUCUUUAACCAGAUCUGCAACUGUAGGAGGAGAAACUUUAUCUAACACAGAAGUGAAGGACGGCUCCCAAAGUUUAAUCCAGAUCUACUCCCGCCUUCCCGAAAUACCUCAGGAAGAAAACGCAGCUGAGUCCUGGGAAACUUUAGAAGGGGACUUGAUUCAGCUCAGUCAGUUGGUGACUGAUUUUUCUCUCUUAGUCAGCUCGCAGCAGGAGAAGAUUGACAGGAUUGAAGACCAUGUCAACAGUGCUGCUGUGAAUGUUGAAGAGGGAACCAAAAACUUGGGGAAGGCUGCAAAAUACAAGCUGGCAGCGCUGCCUGUGGCAGGUGCAGUCAUUGGUGGAGUGGUGGGGGGUCCUAUUGGUCUCCUUGCAGGCUUCAAAGUGGCAGGAAUUGCAGCUGCGCUUGGUGGUGGGAUUUUGGGUUUCACAGGUGGAAAAUUGAUACAAAGAAGAAAACAAAAAAUCAUUGAGCAGACCUCUUCCAGCUGUCCGGAGCUUUCUCGCCAAAGUGCCAAAAAAUCCAGCUGAAGUAGAGAUUCGUUUUGACUCAGAACAAACGUGUAGUAGCCGUGCUAAUGACAGACUCUGCAGCCUUUUGCUGUAGAUACAAGGCUGAGUUGUGUGAAUUGUUGACAACAGCACUGGUACUUGGCAGGGGUGAAACGGUCAUGUCGGAAUUUCGCUUUUCAGAUGUGGUGACAUUGGUCCUUUGGAUAUUAUAUAGAUAACUUUUAAUUAUAUAUUUCUUAGGUGAACUGUAUGCACAGCUGUAAUGAUGGGUGACAGGUGCUUCAUGCCAAAUUUGCACAAAGUGUCUUACAGACAAUACAGGGAGGUAUUUGGAAAACCCUAGUGCUGUCCCACGAACGCCACCCGGAAGCUGGAGCUUUUAUUACAGUGCUCUAAAGAAAAGGAAAUAAGCUCCAUCUAUCUUUUAUUGCUGUAGUACUUUAUAUUUACUUUCAUUUAUCUGGAAUCCCAAACUCAUCCUCUGUAUACCCCCAGGAUAUGACUGGCUGUGCCUGUUCAGGAACGCACAGGGAAGCCUUAACUGCCAUAGGAAAAGGUGAAAAUGUUGGGUGAGCAAUGUGGGAAAAAAAAACCCCUCAUGUAUAUUCCACAUCUGCCACUGUCAGCCAAAUGAGCUCAGUAUCAUAAGCAGCUUUCCCCUUCUGGUACUGUUGGGUUUUUUUGUUUGUUUGUUUAUUUUUUUAAUUUGUAAACUCCUCAUCUUGUUCAAAGUCUAGUCAAGAAUUAAACAGUCAAAGCAGCAACGGUGCAGGACUGCUAGUGGAGAAUACUUUUCCCUGGCUCUUGAGCUCCUUGGCGUGUCCUGAGAACACUGUCCAGGAUGAAGUGACAUGAUCUGGCGUUCUGAGCCCAAAGCCUCAGUUUACUUAAGCAGCACCUAGCCAUUGCCCUUGCUUCUCAUCUCCUGUCACCAGCAGCGCUCUGCUGGGAGAGCUAAGUGGCUUCCCCAGAAGCAGCCUUUAGUGUCUCUCAAGGGUGGCAUUAGGCACCAGCUCAAAGGGUGGUGAAGCAGCGACGCACUUCAAAUGGUGCCAGCGUCAGCUGACAGCCCAGAUGAUGGGUCUGUUGUGCAAAUGCACACCUCCUGCACGCUGUUCCUUCAGUUCUGAAACUUCUGCUCCCACUUGCACUGUAGAGCAGCCUCUCAGCCUUUUCCUGAGUUUGGGACAUGCUGUGGAGCCUGGAUGGGGUGAGAUGCUGUUAGCUCUUCUGCUGGCUUAUUAUAGCGGGUGCCUGUUCCUCUUACCAUCCCUAUUUUGCUGCUUAAGACUUUUGCUUCUGAAACUUCCAUUUUUUUUAAAUACAGGACUGUUAAUGUGGUUUUAUUGUUACUUAAUCACACUGUUGUCACAUAAUCUACUGUUCAGCACAUAGUCCUACCUCCAUCCUUCCAGGACAGUUCCCAUGCUAUUGCUGCUGCUGUUCAGGGGAACAGAAAUUGAGGCUGGGAACCUGCUUUUUAAAAGUUUUUAAAUUGUUCAAUUCAUCCUGAGCUCUGCUUGAGUCCAGUUUUAUUAGGUGACUGCUGAAGUCAGUGUUCGGUGAUAAGGCUCCCUAACAGGGAAUACUGUAUAAGGAAGCAGACUGUAGAAAGAGCUCCCUUUUCUUUGCCAAUGCUUUGAUACCAUUAUUGGAAAUAACUGUCUGCUAAUGAGAGGUGAUAGGGUUUUGUGUCUAGAGACACUGUAAGCAACUGUUAGUUACAGCACAAGUAUCUUUUUCUGAACAGUUCUUUCUUAAUACUUUUAAGAUGCAAUUGAAAUUGCUGUCAAUCAGAGCACCGUGUCUAUUUUAAAUAGGUCUGAGGCUCAGGGAAGCAACGUGUGCAGGAAUAGUUUUCACAAGUAAUUGUGAACGUUGUCAAAACGGCGUGAGUUAGAGCCACAGUGCCUACAUCUGUAACAUCAGCUGGAGUGGAAAGUGGAGUGUAAAAUCAGCUGGAGUGGAGUAAUUCGGCUCAUUUGCUCCUGUCAGGCAAAAAAAGCGCUUUUCUUCACAUGCAUCUACUUUGGAUGUAAACACAUGAAAUGCCGUUGUAACAACUUCAUACUAAGGCUGUUUAUUCCUUUGAUAUGUAAUUUCUACAUUUAAAGGAAGAAACUAAGGAUAAAAGCGUUAUUAAUCAGAAUCUCUGGUUGAUUCUUUGAAUAAUUUUGAAAAAGCCAUCUCUGCUUUCCUUCUCUAUGCUUCGAAACUGUGUGCAUUUAAAUACCAGCAGCCACAUCAGAGCCGUCGAGGGCUCCACCCUCUUCCCCCACGCUGGACUGAUGCCAGGACAAUCUAAAGUCAUCAAACUGAAUUCCUGCCACAGCUUAUACAAAUUCAGCCUGGUAUGUGCUCAUUUUAUGAAACAUCUAGCACAAAAACUAUUCUUCCUCCUUCCAUCUUUAAGGAAGCAAUUUCAGAACCAUGUACACACUAGACUUGGAAGACUAUUAUUUAAGCUAUGAUUUUUUAAAGAUAGAUGGGUUAUUUACAUAUGUGAAAAAAGACAGGCAUCUGAGUAACCAAACUAGCAUUUAAAUUGCUAGGUGUGUAAGAUAUAGAUCAUUCUUUCAGACCAAAUAAAAGUUCUUGCCUACAA